AUGUGUACCGAAUCCAUUGCCCUCUGCGAAAGCUGCGGCCUCCACAGACACAUGCACUACCACCGCUGCAGAUCCUGGCUCUGGUCCUACCGCCAAAUAAAAUGGACCUUCACCACCCCUCUGUCCUCGACCCCGAAGCCCAAAAACUGCCCCUUCCUCGACGGCGAGGUCAAGACCGAGAUCAUACCGGGCCGGUGUCCCAACGCGGCGUGUCCAGGUCAUAGGCUCAAAGACGACGUCGACUUGCGAGCGGCCGCCAACGGGAUGUUGGACAGGAGAACGGACGGGGAAAAGAUUGAUGCGCAGAGGGUCAAGAUGGGACUUAUGAGGAGACCUGGGCCGACGCAGGGGUUCCGGGAGCCGUUGGAGGUUGGGAGACCGCAUCAGAAUCCGGUGCCGGUUGUGAUUACGGAUGGGAGGCCUGAUGAGGGGUUGAGACUUGUGAAGGGACGGGGAAAGCGGGUGGAGGGGAUGGGGAUGGCGGAGAAGGAGGGGGAGCAUGAGGGGCCUAUAGCUGUUUCGUCGCCGGAUCCUGCUACGAGGGUGCCUGUGAGGAGGCAGAGGGUGUAUAAUGGUCCGAUGAUGAGGCCCCAUUGA